AUGGGUUUAGGGAUGUUUCGAGUAAAUGCUUCGCCAAUGGAAUUAACAGAACCAGCUGAUGAUAUACGAUACUUUCUCUUUAUGUUCGGAGCGAUCAAAGCAGGAUAUAAGAUGCUGUUUCUAUCGCCUCGAAACAACCUCGAAGGACACUUGAAUGUUCUCGAGGGCGUUGACUGCCAGGUCUUCUUGAAAGCUGAGGGCACCCGAGUUGAUCAUAUCCUUCAUAAAAGGCCUAUGCAAACUUCAGUUGUUCCAGAGCUUGAGGAACUUUUGCAUGAAUCACCUGUUGAGAUAUAUCCAUACGCCAAGAGCUUCGAGGAGGCUCGCAUGGAUCCAUGCCUCGUGCUUCACACCACUGGGUCGACCGGCCUGCCGAAACCUAUCACAUGGAAAUUGGGAAUCCUGAGUACAUACGAGGCAUGGAGGACAAUUCCGCCCGUGGAUGGCUAUGUGCCUCCCACGGAGAUCUAUCAGCAAGCUCGGAGAGCAUAUACGUCAAUGCCUUUAUUCCACACUAGCGGACUAAACGCAGGCAUCACUUGGGCCUUGUUGUUAGGCGUGACGUUGGUAUAUGGUGCGCCACACGUGGUACCAAAUGCGGCGUACACGGAUGACAUGCACAAAUUCGCGGGAGUUGAUGCAUCGAUGGGAGCGCCGUCUAUAUACGAGGAUCUCAGCCGCAAUCCAACCUCGCUUGAGCGCAUUAACAAACUUCACUACGUUAUCGCUAGUGGCGCUCCUCUAUCGCGGAAGGCCGGCGAACUGAUAUCAAAGCAUACACGAGUGAUAUCCAAUUUAGGAGCCACAGAGACGGCGUGUUUGCAGAGAUUGGCUCCUGCUAUUGAUGACUGGGCAUACUUCUACUGGCACCCUACGCACUCUGGCAUCGAGAUGCGAGAGGCCGUAGAAGGCCUAUACGAACUUUUCUUGGUUCGAGAUCCAAAGCUUGAGUUGUACCAGGGUGUCUUCAAUACUUUUCCAGAGCUUCCUGAAUGGUCAAUGAACGACUUGUAUUCAAGGCAUCCUGACCCUGCGAAAGGCUUCCUAUACAGAUACGAAGGAAGAAAGGAUGAUAUUAUCGUGCUAAGUAAUGGUGAAAAGGUUUCCCCGGCGCUGAUGGAAGCAACUCUAAUGAGCGACCCUCUCGUGAAAGGCGCGAUGGUCGUUGGAAAAGGCAAAUUCCAGCCGGCAGCUCUAAUUGAUUUGGCACAACCACCUCCAGAGGAUUCUAGCCAGCGCCGUCAAUUGGUCGAAGACCUUUUACCAGCCAUUUCUGAUGCUAAUGAACAUGCACCUGGCCAUGGCAAGUUGGACCAAUAUCAUAUACUUUUUGCGAAUCCGAACAAGCCGAUCCAGUAUCUUGGUCAAGGCAAAAUCCAAAGACAUCGAACUUACAAGUUAUACGAAGACGAAAUCGAGGCAUUAUAUAAAGCUGCAGACAAUGCCAACGGGCAAUUCGGACUUUGCAACCUUCCAAGCCCAAGCUUUACCAGUAAGCAAAGUGUCACUCGAUGGCUUCGGCAGUUAGUCAUUGAGAUAACCAGCAUUAAAGAUCUCGAUCUGGAUCAGGAUUUCUUUAAAGCUGGAAUGGACUCGCUACAAGUGAUAAGGAUGGCUCGGGAGCUCAAGUUUCAAGCUAAAGAGGCCAACUUACGACAGCAUGAUGGGGAAGAAUUCUCUCCAGCAGCAAUAUACUCACGCCCGACGCUGAAUCAACUUUCUGCGUUUAUCCUUCGUCAGGCUGGAGUAAAACCGUCAACCAAUGGCCUUGUCAAUGGCGACGCUGAUAGCCAUACCAACGGGCAUUUCAAGGCCGAUAUUGAUAGCCACAUCAACGGGCAUAUCAAUGGCCAUGUUAAGGGUAAAAUCGAUGGGUACAUUUUGGGUGGGAUCAGUGGUUACAUCAAAGGCCAUUUCGAUGGCCAUAUUGAUGGCCGAGUGACAGGGCACAUCGUAGGUCAUGUUGACAUGCGCUACGAAAGCCACAAUCACACCCUGAAGAACGGCCAUUCGAAGCAUCGCAGCAACGGCGACGUUAAUGGGUUCUCUUCGCUAAGUGCCAAUCAUUACGUUAACGGCAUACUAGGAAGCUCCACAUCGCAGAAUAUGCAAGUUCUUCUUCACAAGUAUACCAAGGACCUCCCUCACCCAACCGAAGACGCUCCACUGGCGGCCCAGGAAAAUAUGGUUAUACUUCUCACAGGCAGCACGGGCUCGUUGGGGUCAUACUUGCUGGACACUCUGUACAAUGACAAGAGUGUUUCGCAUAUCAUUUGCUUAAACCGCACCUCAGAUGCUGGGAAGAAGCACCUCCAGACGGGUCUUACCCGGGGGUUGAGCGCUCUCUAUGGUGACCGAGUGGAGUUCUUUAAAGCAGAUUUAGCGAACACUCAACUAGGGCUGCCCACUUCUAUAUAUAACCGCCUGCUGAAGACUGUCACGCAUGUUAUCCAUACACAGUGGCCCGUGAAUUUCAACUGGCCCCUCGCCUCCUUUGAGCCAUAUAUUUGUGGAGUGCGAAACCUUAUAGAUUUCUCCUUCACUUCCAAGCACAAAAGCUUUAUCUUAUUCGUUUCCAGUGUUUCUGCCGUCGGAUCAUGGGAAGAUGUCGAUAGCGUACCAGAAGAGCCAGUCUAUAAUCUUAAUAUGGCAAGCACCAUGGGUUAUGGCCAGUCAAAGCUGAUCUCCGAAUGUGUCCUUGACAGAGCAGCCCGUGUCUCAGGUGUGCGAUCUGCAUGCUGCAGAAUUGGCAUUAUCGCUGGGCCCGUGGAAAGGAAACUGGGCAUGUGGAAUAAGCAUGAAUAUAUCCCAUCAAUUGUCAUCUCCUCUGCCCACCUGAAAACAUUUCCCGGAAUGUUCCCAUCUCGAGAUCGCGUUGACUGGUUGCCAGUAGACAAGCUAGCGACUAUUCUUGUCGAGAUGCUUACAUUCUCCUGCGCUUCACAGCAAGAGAGCAGCCAGAGCCGCAUGUUGACUUAUAAUGUGAUCAAUCCGCACGUGGUACCAUGGUCUAAAUUCGCAUCCUGGGCUAUAUCUUUGUACUCUAAGGAAACAAAGAUGAGGACUUGUUCGUUUCCUGAAUGGACUGAGGCAUUAGGCCAAACCUCAAAUGAGCCAGUUGACCCAGAAAGGAACCCGGCAAUCAAGUUGUUGGAUUUUUACCGAGAGGCUGGAGGGUUGAAGAAACGACCACGAAUGCUGGCUUGCGAUAAAGCCGCGAGAGCGAGCAAAACGCUGCGAGAGGUCGGGGCAGUGAAUGAAACUUGGGUCAGAACUUGGAUGCAGCAGUGGGGUUUCAAACAGAACUAG